AUGGGUGAGUACAUUCAUCGACCACGCCCUGGAGGCCUUGGUGGCGCUGUCCUCGACAAGGUAGGUAUACUGAUGAUGAUUUACAAUGCUUUUAGCAAGCUUCUAAAUUCAACGAAGAAGAGGCCGCAAACUUGCUACAAUGGAUCAAAGAUCUUACGAAAGAGGACUUUGAUGCUACUGGAACUAGACAGAACUUCUUGGCUCUGCUUAAGGAUGGUCAGCUUUUAUGUCGGUAAGUCAUCUCAUUCUUUAGUCCUGUUUUGUAUAACUUUAAAAAACGCCUAAUGAUGACAAAGAAUCGUACCGUUUUCCGUAUUUCCUACCAUAUAUAAUAUAAACCAAAUCUUGAUUUUGGGGAAGAAAAUAAUAAAAAUUGCUUUAAGUUUUAUCAACGCCGUUCAGCCGGGUAUGAUUAAGAAGAUCAUGAAACCGAUCUCUAACUUCAACUGCAUGGAGAACAUCAACAUGUUCACGAACUGUGUCCGAAAGCUGGGAGUAAUCGACGAGGAAACAUUCCAAUCAGUUGAUCUGUUCGAAGGCCGAGACCUUUUCUCCGUCUGUGUGACAUUACAGUCUCUGGGAAGAAAGGUAACGAAAAACAACACAAUUAACGUGACUUUCAGCUCGAGAAGAUCCAUGGAAUCGCGGGGCCAAAGCAAAUUCCCAAGAACAAGAUAUAA